GCUCUGGUUCCUGCAGCUACGUGCAGGCAGUUUAUGGCUGCGUUAUACCGCUAAACAUGUCGAGGCGGGAUCCAUUUCCUUCUCCGAAACUGGAGAACGACUUCACUCUGAGCGGCUACAGGCCUCAGCAGAGGACGUUCGAUGAAUCCAGUCAGUUCUUCCAAACAGACGAACCCUGGAGCCGUCUCCACGACACCGCCACUCUGGCCAGCACCCGCCGCAGCGAUGCGACGCAUCAGCCUCAGGCUCCAAGAGACAGCCUGGACUUCCACCUGAGCUCCAUCUACGACCACCAUAAGGACCUGUUCUGGACCAAGAAUCAAACGCUGUGCCAGAGGGAAACUCUCAGACAGGAUCAUCGGAAAAGGGAAAACUUGGAGAAGCAGCGCAAGCUGGCAGAGGAACAAGCAAAUAGCAUCAGAGUUUGGGUCGACCCAAAGAGGAGCUCCAUUCACUGCGUCAGAUGACAGGUUUUUCUUUUUUUUUUUUAAGCUCAGGACGAGGCUUCGAGAACAACCCUCUUUAAACUGACAAUAAAACAAUCCUUACAGCGUUUC